AUGAGGAUAAAGCGAAAAGCCGAAAGCAACAAUUGGUAUGUGUGUCGUUUUGUUGAUGAGCAUAACCACGACCUUCUCCCGGCAAAGUUUGUGUCAUACCUGCCAGCAUAUAGGAAAUUAUCAGAUGUUGAUAGAGCCCACAUGGACAGUUUAAGGCAGGUUGGAAUUUCAAUUCCCAAAAUUUACGAGUCUAUUACUGCUCAGGCUGGGGGUUUUAACCUAGUUACGUUCACAAAGAGAGAUAUGUAUAAUGUGGUUAGGCGGCAACGUGCAAUGCAAAGCAGCGAUGUGAAUGCCGUGUUACGGUAUUUCAAUGUUGGGACUGAGCAAAAUAUGUGUGAUCUGUUUUGGAGCGACGGGCGUAGUCAGGAUGAUUACAAGAUAUUUGGUGAUGUUUUGGCAUUUGAUGCAACUUACGGGUGA